GAGCUGCUCGAGAGCAAACUGGAGCUACUGAAAGCGGCUAACGGCACCAGAAGAUACGGUACCCUGUACAAUGCAGUCUAGAGAGGAGGACAGUCCGGGAGUACUGCUUUUUCAGACCCUUCUACUGUAACGGAGUAUUUUCCCCUUUUUGGCCUUUGAAACACUGGGACUAUACAGCGUUCGCUUUAAUUUGGCAUACCUUCACACUCAUUAACACGCCCGCGCGCACAUACACAGACACACACGCAAGCACAUAGCGAGCACCGACACUCAUAUUUUCACUUACAUACUAACCGCACAAGGACACUAACGCUUCACUGGCUGGUUUCACUGGAAUCAUGGAUCUAUCGUGCUAUCCACCCCGAAUUUGCUGGUGGAGGGUAUUGUUUCUCUUAAGCAUCUUCCAGGACUAUGUGAGUUCCAUGCUGGACUGCCUGCCAACCUGCAGCUGUUCCCAGACGGAGAUCUACUGCAAUAAGUCCGACAAUGGGAAAUUUUUCCCUUUGUUCGCUGUGCAAGACAUUGGGAACAAUGGCAAUAACAGUAACAGCAUCCCUGAUUUGGUGAAGAACAUCACCUCCAUACACAUAGAGAACUGGACGGACCUGCACACCCUAAGAGACAUGCACAUGGACCUGUACACUGGACUACAGAGGCUGACCAUCGUGAACUGCAACCUAAGGGAGAUCCAAUUGCGAGCGUUCGCUAAGACCCCACACCUGCGCUACAUAAACUUAUCCAGGAACCCCCUGACGACACUACAAUGGCAGCUGUUCCAGAAUCUGCAACUCGUGGAACUGAGGCUUGACGACGUGGUGUUUAACUGUGGCUGUGACGUCCGUUGGAUUCAGCUUUGGCAGCAGAGAGGAGAGGCUGGCCUCCACAACCAGCAGCUCUACUGCUACAACGGGGCUGCAAGGAUCCCCUUACAGGACAUGAACAAUUCCUUCUGUGACCUGCCAGAAAUCAGUGUGACACACAGCAACCUGACGGUGAUUGAGGGAGACAAUGUCACUGUCACUUGCAAUGGGACGGGAGCACCGCUCCCAGAUGUGGACUGGAACAUCAAUGGCCUUCAUUCCAUCGACACACACCAGUCCAACGUUUAUGGGCAGAACGUCCACUCCAUCAACAUGACCCUGGUCAAUGUGAGCCGGGAUGACAACGGCUUCCUGCUGACCUGCAUAGCUGCGAACGUGGUGGGGAUGACCAAUGCCUCCAUCCAGCUGACGGUCCAGUUCAUGCCGACCAUCACACACCUGAAGGAGCCGGAGCGUCGUCACGAUACCUGCAUCGAGUUCACGGUGCGGGGCUACCCACACCCCACCCUGCGAUGGUUUUACAAAGACCAGGAGAUCCCUCAGACCGAGUACAUCCGCACGGAGAUGGACAUCUACCAGGACUACCUGGAGGGGUGCCUGACGUUCAAGAACCCCACACACCACAAUAACGGCAACUACACCCUGGUGGCCAGCAACUUCCUCGGCACUGCCACCAAGACGGUGUACGGACACUUCCUGAAGGCCCCGCCCUUCACUGAUGUUGAUUAUGAUUAUGUGACCCCCACUCCCCCUAUCAGUGUCACACACAGGCCAGAGGAGGACACAUUUGGGGUAUCCAUCGCUGUCGGCCUCGCUGGGUUUGCCUGUGUGCUCCUCGUCGUACUGUUUGUCCUCAUUAACAAAUAUGGCCGACGCUCCAAGUUUGGAAUGAAAGGGCCGGUGGCGGUAAUUAGUGGAGAGGAGGACUCCGCCAGCCCCCUCCACCACGUCAACCAUGGCAUCAUCACUCCCUGCACGCUGGACGCCGGGCCAGACGCCGUGGUCAUCGGUAUGACCCGCAUCCCUGUCAUCGAGAACCCACAGUACUUCAGGCACGGACACAACUGCAACAAACCCACCACCUAUGUGCAACACAUAAAACGCCGUGACAUCGUUCUGAAGAGGGAGCUAGGCGAGGGGGCCUUUGGGAAGGUUUUCCUGGCAGAGUGCUAUAACCUCAGCCCAACCAAGGACAAGAUGCUGGUAGCUGUCAAGACCCUGAAGGACCCCACUCUGGCUGCCAGGAAAGACUUUCAGAGGGAGGCGGAGCUGCUGACCAACCUGCAGCAUGAGCACAUUGUCAAGUUCUACGGCGUUUGCGUGGAUGGUGACCCACUGAUCAUGGUCUUCGAGUACAUGAAGCAUGGAGACCUCAACAAGUUCCUCAGAGCUCACGGUCCAGACGCCAUGAUCUUGGUGGAUGGCCAGCCACUGCAGACCAAUGGAGAGCUGGGCCUGUCCCAGAUGCUGCACAUUGCCACGCAGAUCGCCUCCGGGAUGGUGUACCUGGCAUCCCAGCACUUUGUGCAUCGUGACCUGGCCACUCGCAACUGCCUGGUGGGUAACGGCCUGCUGGUGAAGAUCGGCGACUUUGGAAUGUCCAGAGACAUCUACAGCACUGACUACUACCGCGUGGGAGGACACACAAUGCUGCCCAUUCGCUGGAUGCCACCGGAAAGCAUCAUGUACAGGAAGUUCACCACGGAGAGCGAUGUUUGGAGCUUCGGCGUCAUCCUGUGGGAGAUCUUCACCUAUGGGAAGCAGCCGUGGUUUCAGCUGGCCAAUAAUGAGGUCAUCGAGUGCAUCACGCAAGGCCGCGUCCUGGAGAGGCCACGGGUCUGUCCCAAGGAGGUGUACGACAUCAUGCUGGGCUGCUGGCAGAGGGAACCGCAGCAGCGUCUGAGCAUCAAAGACAUCCAGAAGAUCCUGUAUGCCUUGGGCAAAGCCACACCCGUCUACCUGGACAUCCUGGGCUAGCAGCGGUUUGGCCUGUCCGUGUGUCUGUCCCUGCCAGACGGACGAAACACAAUCCAGGAAUAACCAAACAACAUGUACCUUACUGCUCCACUGUCAAACACCAACGAGAUGGGGAUGGACUCAAGUGCCUGCUAUACCUUUCGAUACACAGGAUAACAGUCUUACAAAAAAAAAAAAAAAACACUUUUACAUUUU